AUGCUUCACUCGUUCACAGAGCACUGCACUCAAGCCCCCGCGGUGAUCUGCAGACGACAGAUUCUGAAAGCAUCGCCCUUCCUUGCCAUCAGACCAGACCCGCAAAUCGUGAAAUCUCCUUCACCGCAGCAAACUGCAGACGAAAAUCCCACCGAGCACCAGCAAAGCAUGCUUACAUCACUUCACACGCUCGUGGCGCCAAAGUAUAUUUCUAGCACUCUGGCGGAGCACAACCAAUCAUUUCGUCGUGGAAGUUGA